AUGUUUCAUAAGCCCUGGUAUACAGAGAGCCUUGCUGGGGACUUCUGCGCACCAGCGAUAACGAAGGAGGCCUAUGCAUGUAAAGAAAAAUGGUUCCGCGUCCCAUGCAACAUCAAUGUACAAUCGGGGCUUAUUAGUUUGCGACGCACACGCUGGCACGACGUUCCUAUUGUGAGUGAACUGCGUAUCCUGCCUGAAAAUGAGGCACCACCGCUCAGUGCCGACUGGCAUAAGGUGUCGCGGACGAUCAGCUCCUCUGGCGAGAAACUAACGCUCGCGCAGAUGAUAAUGACAGGGCGGCAGACAGAUCUUAUCACAGUCCUGGACGUACUCCUUGGGGAUGAUCAGCUGUGGUGUGGAUUCGAGAAGCUGGGCACGCCAGUGCUGGAGGGCGGUGAUCAUUCAGCGCGAGAGCGUCUGGCUCACAUACCGUCGACGCGUGAAACCGGACCUGCAUUGCUCGGUGUCGGCAGGGACACACCGCUCGCGCCAUGCAGCAACUCGGACGAUCUGGUAAACAUGCUUCUCGGACGCAUGCUCGACGCGGAGCGGCAAGGUCUCGUCGUCUUCACUGGUGAUCAGCUGAACGGGCAGUGCACCUCGUGGAAUGCGCGUUUCGUGCUCGCGGAGUUUGCAAAGGUUGUGACACAGCGCGGGAUCCCGUGGGCGGCCGUGUUCGGCAACCAUGACGAUGAGGACGGGGACUCGAGAGACGACCAGAUCAAGCAUAUGCAAGGGAUGCCAUACAGCCUUGUCGAGGCGGUUCCGAAGACGUCGGCAACUUCGUAUUCAAGGUCGAGUGCCGAUGUAUAUAUGACAUAUUUGUUGACACUGUAUUUCUUGAACUGGCUCGUACUCGAGAGGGUUCUUCAACUGGUUCAGAUUUUUGUGCCUACGGAGUACAAAUGGAUCCAUCGGGUAAGCUUUACAUCGCAGGCCCAAGGGGUCGUUUAUAUCAGCCCAUAUGCCCAACCCUCUUGGGACCAAAUUGAUUGGUUCUUGCAAGAGUCAUGUGAGGUGCUCUUACUGGAAGAUUUUUUCGAAUAUACUGACAUUGCAUACUCUAUCGACCCUAUUGAGCGUACCUUCACUCCGGACGGCGGGAAGGACCUCGGCAAUAUCUGGGAACGACAGGCAGUUGACCAGGUGACGCUGGAGACGAGACGUCUCGCGAAGCCCAACGCGCUCGUGAUCUACCACAUUCCUACGUACGCGGCAGCAGGCACGGACUCAGAUACAGGGAAGCCGCUUGACGUUGGGCAGCACGAUCUCGAGGGUCAGGGCUCGCGGGAAAAGCAAGCGGGGUUCUGCCACAAAGGGCUGCUGCAGGCCCCCGAGAGCGAUCAUGUCGCGGCCGGUAACGCGCGCGAGGCGAAGGUCGUCACCAUCACCGAGAACUGCAGACGUGUGAAGGGCAUGUGGAUGUGUUUCGGCGGGGGAGGGCAAGUGCCCAGUUUGAAUCUUGCUGAGAAUUUUCAGUGUCCUCAUCUGUCCUUUUGCCGAUCAUACUCGGGCUACGGCCGCAUGGGCUUUAAUUGCCGCUUCCGCUUAUUCAACGUCUCGGACUACGGCGAGACGAUCCGGACAUACAAGCACACGGAGAACGACGAGAUCGUGGACGAGAUGGUACUCGCCGGGCGCGGAGCGCCGCCGCCGUUCGGGGGCUUUUUGUAA